AUGGAUGACAUGCUUGCAACAACAGCAUACAACACCCAGUGUACUGGUACGAGGGAGGAAACCUCCGAAGAAUCGGAAGGCAGUCACGAUGAAAGUGAAGAGGAUCAUGUAGCAAAAAGGAAAUGUGAUCCACUGGAUUGGAAUGAAUACAUGAUGAAAUCUAAUUAUUUACUGGAUCAACAAAUUGUAUCACGAUUUGAGGAAAAUAUCAACAUGUCUCUAUUCAGGCUACUACAACAACAAUUAGAGCAUAUUAUUGGACCUGUUCUCAGUAAUUCGAAAAUGAUACAACAUCCUCGAUUUCCCAAUCAAUUUCAUUUUACCAAGAGUCCAUACUUUUUAUUUGAAACAUUUAAGGAGAGGAUUGAAACAAAGAAACAAGAAAUUAUAAGCACUCAACCGAAAGGAGGAAAAGGUUUUGUUAAUUUUGGAAAUUUAACAGGGAGUGAAGAAUAUUACUAUUUACUCAUUCAAAAUUUAAUUCAACAACAUCUUACUGAUGUGAACGAUCAUUGUGGCAUUUUCACAACAUGUCUAUACUCUCUCGUCACAAGAGUACAGAGAGAAAAGAGCAAUUUUCAAAAUCCAUGUGCAUGGAUGAAAUUUCAAAGAGGUCUUUCCAAGUCCAUCUCAUAUUUUGUACAAAUAUUACUACCAGAAAUUAUUUUACCUGAAUUGAUUAAUUCGUGUGAAUGUGUAGAUCCAUUUGAAAAUCCAGAGGACACCUUGUACAAUAUUUGCUAUACCUAUUUAAUUCCUCAUGUUAGUUCUUCUAUUGCUCACACUUUAUCUUGUUUGAUGAUUAACUGGUUGAGCACCAUGGACAUGCCUGAAAUUUACAAGAUUUCAGCGAGCCGAGAAAGGUUCGAGUUUUUCGUUCAUGCAAUUCCUUUUGCCAGUACAGAAAGCUCUUGCAAAAUAUUACCGGGAAUUCUUAUUGGAGAAUCAUCUGUUAUCCAUUCAAAGACGUUUUCCUUUGCAAAGAACGGUAUCAAAUGCCUCUCUUUGAAGCAAGUUGAGCUCUCCAAUAAGAAUGUUGAAAUUGACAUUCAAAUUGAUUACAUAUCCUUGAAAACAUCUUUAUCGCAUGACAUUGAGAAUUUCAUUGAUAUACUUGAAAGGAAUAACAUUAACGUAGUAUUGUCUGAAGAUAUUCUAGAUGAAAUGCUCGUGUUGGCUUUGGCAAAGAGAAACAUUCUCUGUGCUCAUCAUGUUACAGAUAUUGAUCGAAUAUGUGAGACAUUUAAAGUGAUUCCUUUGUUGAUACAUUCCAUUACGAGAUACAACAAUGACUCAAGACGACAUGAACUAUUAAGCUUGGGAAAGUACUCUCAUUUGGAUUUGACAGACCAUAUUUUUACUUGCCAAUCCAUCAAACAAUUGGCACUCGGUCCCAUGAAACAUGUGCUGUUUUUAGAACCCAAUGACCCGAUUUCUCCCUUUUCACAUUCUGUAUUAAUUCGAGCACCAAUGGAGUCACUAGCAGAGACUUACCGAUACUUAUUUUUCAAAUUACUACGCUAUCUUACCAACUCGUUCAAAUUCCUAACACAAGAUUCUAACCUGCCAACCAUUGCAAUCAUUUCUGGAGGAUGCUACUUUGAAAACAAACUUUCGAGUUUGCUUCAAUGCAUCAAGACAAAUUUUAAGAUGAGAGGAAUGCACGAGAUAGACUCUUUUCUUGACAUGCUGAUUGACACUUAUGAAGCCGUAUGUGUAAAACUGAUUGAAAACUUAAUUCCCAACAAACACCAUUGCAAUCACCGUGAAACAUUGAUGCAACUCAAACGUAGUGACUCGAUGAUCAUUUCAUUCUUGAAUUCACCCAAACAAGCCAUUUCCAUCCUUACACAAUUGGAAAACAAUUCAUCACAAGGCAUGAGCCAUUUGAUGGAUGAAGGACUUUUGAUCGUACCAAACCCCAAUUCCAAUUUGAUUGGUAUCUAUGAGACCUUAUCUUGUAAAUACAAUACGCUCAUCAAUGUGUGCAUGUCGCUCAAGAAAUUACUAGAAACCGAUGGGUUUUUUUUGUAG